AUGCCCCAAUGGGGAAGACCACCCGGGGCACAAAUGGGGAGACACAAUCAGGGAGGACGCGCACCGUGGGUGGGGUCGACGCGCGUGGAGGAGAUUGUGAGUGGGGAUGAGGAGGAGAGAGAUGAUGCGUAUGGGCGAGAACUGGUGCGCAAGGCUCGCGUCGCAUACGGGCGGGAGUUGGAAUUCGACAAUCGCGGUCCGCGCGGGCGAUACGGUGACGAGGACAUAUUCGACGAGGCUGCAUCGGUGGAGGGAGGGGAAUAUGAUCUAUAUGACCACGAGGACAGCACGGUGGCCUACGCGGUGCAGUUGGCGAUGCGGGACAAGGAAGAUCAUCUGGUGGACCAAGCUUUGGAGCGAAUUCGUCGGGCGCAGAUGCUGGGAAGGAAGAAUGUGCGACUCUCACAACGCGAACUGGAUGCUCUGGAGCGAAGGCGGCAACAAGCCGACGAGGGCACGUCGAGCGGCGCCAGACGCUCUCGACCAUCUGGGGCGGCGGCCACAUCUCGGCCGGUGUCUCGACGUGGUGGCUUAGCUGCGCCGGAACAACCGUCGGCGUCGUAUCCUCAUGGUGCCCAGGAUCCUCAUUGGAAUCCCGCGGCGCAUGCCCGCCCUCGAACUCCGACGAUGCAGUCCCUGCGGCCCCGACAGUCCACCUCUCCCAUCCGACCGACAUCGUCCCAGUACUUUAACCCCGCGACCAGCACUCGGCCGCCUCCAUUGCAACAGCCCGUGUAUCCGCGCCCUCUACCAGAUGACCCACAGUGGGCCCCGUCAUACUACAACCCUCUGCAGAUGGCUCAUUACGGUGCGGAUCAGUUUCCCAUGGACCCGUUGGGGCCGGCUGAUCCCCGAGCUGCUGCGCAAUUCCGCAUGAGCUAUCCGUUGGGGAUGCCAUCGCAUCAAGUUCCACAUCCAUCAUAUGCGGAGCCCCGUCAGGUACCGGAUCCGACCAAGAUCCGAGUGCCUCGUCGGGGUCGAGUAGAGUCUCCGCCCGAAAGUGCCAACGACGAAGAGAGGGCCAAAGUGGAGAUCAGUGACGAUGAAGAUGACGAUGUACGGAUCGUCAAAGUGGUGGAACGCACGACUCCCAUGGGCUUUCAGCGCAAAAAGGUCCCUGAGAGUCAACGAACCAGUCGAGGUGGUCGGACACGGAAAAUUCGUUAA